GGUUCGAAUCCCCGGCCCCGGAAGUCGACAGCAGAACCGAACCAGUAUCGCCAAAUCCGUCCAACAAGACAAGCUCAGUUCCGACGGAGACUCCAAGGCCAUCGCCAUCCACCCGUGCUCCGCUCUGAUCCCAGAUCACCCUCGCCCCAUCCUCCGCGCGCUGCAGCUCUCGCCCCACGCGGAUGGCCUCCGCCCUCUCCGCCCCGGCGGCCUCCGCCGUCGUCGCCGCCCGGUGCAAGGUGUUCGGAGGAGGAAGGAGCGAUGGGAGGGCCGGAUGCCGCGUCGGGAUCCUCGCGAGGAAGAAUACUGGCCACAUAACGAUGGCACUUGCAGUAGACGCUUCUCGCUUUGAAGGAGUGCCGAUGGCCCCUCCAGACCCGAUUCUUGGGGUUUCAGAAGCAUUUAAAGCUGAUACAAGUGAUCUGAAGCUCAACCUUGGUGUUGGCGCCUACAGAACGGAAGAGCUACAGCCCGCUGUCCUCAAUGUUGUCAAGAAGGCUGAAAAACUUAUGUUGGAGAAAGGGGAAAACAAGGAGUAUCUGCCUAUUGAAGGUUUCGCUGCAUUUAACAAAGCAACUGCAGAUCUAUUGCUUGGAGCUGACAAUCCUGUCAUCAAGCAAGGACGGGUUGCUACUCUUCAGUCUCUCUCAGGGACUGGAUCAUUACGCCUUGCUGCAGCAUUUAUUCAGAGAUACUUCCCUGAUGCAAAAGUACUUAUAUCAUCUCCCACAUGGGGAAACCACAAAAACAUAUUCAAUGAUGCUAGAGUACCAUGGUCAGAAUACCGGUAUUAUGAUCCCAAGACUGUUGGGCUGGAUUUUGAGGGAAUGAUAGCUGACAUACAGGCUGCCCCAGAGGGGUCUUUUGUUCUACUACAUGGUUGUGCUCACAAUCCAACUGGAAUAGACCCAACUCCUGAACAGUGGGAGAAACUGGCAGAUGUGAUUGAAGAGAAAAAACAUAUGCCUUUCUUUGAUGUUGCCUAUCAGGGUUUUGCCAGUGGAAGCCUUGAUGAAGAUGCAUCUUCUGUCAGGCUUUUUGUUAAGCGUGGCCUGGAAGUGUUCGUUGCACAGUCUUACAGCAAGAACCUUGGUCUAUAUGCAGAAAGGAUCGGUGCGAUAAAUGUCAUUUGCUCAGCACCGGAAGUUGCAGACAGGGUGAAGAGCCAGUUGAAGCGAUUGGCGCGGCCCAUGUACUCAAACCCACCUAUUCACGGUGCCAAGAUCGUCGCCAACGUCGUUGGAGACCCUACCAUGUUCGGUGAGUGGAAGGAAGAGAUGGAACAAAUGGCCGGUCGGAUCAAGAACGUUCGGCAGAAGCUUUACGAUAGCUUGACUGAAAAGGACCAGUCUGGCAAGGACUGGUCUUUCAUUCUGAGCCAGAUAGGCAUGUUCUCCUUCACGGGCUUGAACAGACCCCAGAGCGAUAACAUGACCGAUAAAUGGCACAUAUACAUGACCAAGGACGGCAGGAUUUCGUUGGCAGGGUUGAACCUGGCGAAGUGCGAGUACCUUGCUGAUGCCAUCAUCGACUCCUUCCACAAUGUCAACUAGAUUAUGAUUUGCGUCGCGGCCACGAUACCGCGAUAAGUUCCUUCUAUAGUUUGCUGGGAUUUUUGGGUCCUUCCAGCUCGAGUUUUUGGUCGCGAUGCUGAUGACGUGUCCGGUGAUUCAGAGGUAUAGUAAUAAAUAAUUUGGCAAAACUCACGGAUGCUAGGCGCUAGGCACUUGUACCGUUGUACGGUCCUUGCAAGCUUGUAAUGCUGAUUAAUUAUGUAUGAUGGCAUCUCCAAUUAGCCUUUUGAGUGCUAUAUCUCAAAGUUUCUUUUUUGGUCAA